AUGGGUUAUUUAAUGCCAACAAUAUUUUUAUUGCUGUUAAUAUUUUUUAUCUAUCUAUCUAUCUAUCUAUCUAUCUAUUCUAUUCAUAUCUAUCUAUCUAUAUCAGUAUAUAUUUUUAACACGUCUUUUGUGUUGAUUAGAAUUCUUCCGUCGUCUUCGUUUUCGACUUUGUCUUCAACCAAAAUUUCUUUCAGUGUCGACCAAAACAGAAUCCCACAUGUACAGAGACAUGACAGACAAUUCCAUAGAACAAACUACUGUCAGGAUUUGAUGGAAUUCUUUGAUGCUAAAGAAAACUGGAACAAACAGUCGGUGAAGUGUGGGCGUCCAUGGCGUCUUGAAGAACUGAGGAUAAAAAGCAAUCAAGAUCUUCACAAAUUGUGGUACAUUUUAUUAAAAGAACGCAAUGCUUUGAUGACAAUGGAGGAGGAAUACAAACGCAAGUGUGAGUUGAUGCCCAGCCCCGAGCGUUUGUAUAAAGUCGAUGAAAGUAUGCAGAAUAUUUUAUUCAUAGUGAGAGAGCGCGAUGACGCCUUGAGCCGGCUGGAGACAGGAAAAAGCAUCAUGCCCCAAAUAUGGACAGUGCGCAAUUUCAUGGGGUUGAAAUACCAACGUACAGUGAAAGAGUAUGCAGUUCCAAAGUGGAUGAACAACAGGUACAGGUUAAUGCAUGCACCUUACCCGAAAGGCCUCGGUCGGUAUUUCAUGUUAUACCAUGAGAAAUUGAGGUUGAAAAAGGAAAGAGCAGAACAAGCUCGAAAAAAGCGAUUAAAACGACUCAAAGAAGUUUUCCCUCAUGCAGAAAUUGAAGAAGAAUGA